UUAGGGCUCAAGACUCGUGACCCAAUAUUUGAUCCCCUUGUUGCCGAAUUGGACCAACGUCGUCAGCCUAAAGGAAAUAAUAGAGCAGAGCAGUCUAGUCGUAGAUCGCAUAAGAAGGAGGACGAUCAAUAUUUUGACUAUGAUGGAAAGUUAAAAACUAGCUUAAGAUUAAUGGUUUUGUUCCCUAUUUUGGAUGUUGCACCAAAAGAUGGUUUCAUUGAGUAUAAGGAGUUGGAAGCUUGGAAUAUGCAACAAGCCAUUGAUCGUUUGCAUUAUAGAACUCGGAGAGAAUUGGAGUUUCGAGACAAUAAUGGAGAUGGAGCUAUUUCUUUCUCUGAAUAUUUACCUCACUUUACCAAUCAAGACAUAGAGAAAAAUGAAACCAGCCAUGGAGAAGCAGGAUGGUGGAUGGAACAAUUCAGAAAUGCUGAUGUUGAUCGAAAUGGGACUCUAAACUUAUAUGAAUUCAGAGAUUUUUUGCACCCUGAAGAUAGUAGGAACGAAAAUAUACAAAAGUGGCUGUUGCGAGAAAAGAUCAGGCAGAUGGACGUAAACAGGGAUCAUAAGCUAAAUCGAUUGGAAUUUAGUAACGGUGCUUACAACAUCUAUAAGACUUACCUGGAAUAUGAAUCUCGGGGAGCCAAUAUUCCAACACCACUAGAAGCAUUCGCCAAGCUUGACGUCGAUGGUGACAAAUUUCUGAGAGAGGAAGAAUUGAAACCAAUUCUGCACUACUUGUGCCCUGGAGAACUCUCCUACGCUAAAGUCUACACCACAUAUUUGAUUCGAGAGGCUGAUGAUAACCAAGAUGGUAAAUUAACAUUGGAUGAAAUACUCAAUCAUGAAAGUAUUUUCUACAGUACCAUCUAUGACAAUGGUAGAAAUGAAGAUCUUUCCCACGACGAACUUUAAAUUGUGCACGAAUGCAGUAUCAUUGUAUCAAUGUUGUGGCUGAGGUGAGGAGAUCAAUUUAAUUCACAGAGGCAGUUUAUUUCAACUCGAUCAAUUCGAUGAGCUCAAGUCAGCUGAUCAUAGUUCAAAAAGUAAUUACAGAAGUUAGUAGCGGUGCAGUUCGUUGAAUACAAUUUUUUUUGCUACUUUACCCAUUAGCAAUAGCUAAUAGUGAUAUAGUGAGGCUUGUACAUGCUAAUUUCUUUUGUAUGUAAAUACAUUUUACAUAUACCUCGAUGAAAUAUAAGAAUACCGGAGUUAGAAUCUUCUCUACCUCUUUUUCUUGGUU